CAAACUUGAAAGCGACUCUGCUGACGCCUUUCCAGGCCAAUCUUCGCACCAAGCCAGCGCUGUUCUCUGCGAUUCUCAUAAUACUAAUUGCAAAUGCUUCCUUCGGCCAAAUUAAAUAAAACAACAGCAGGAAACAUGCGUUUCGAGCCCCUGGGCCAGAAAAUGUUCACACGCCGUAACUGGCUGCUGCGCUGCAGCAUUCUCAUCAAUGUGGGGGUCAUCCUCUACGUUGGCAGUCACGUAAUGAUCGGUGGCGGCAACAAUUUCAGCAGCGGCGGCAGUUUCCUGCUGCAGGAGCAACAGCCAGCGGCUCUCCAGGCUGCCUCACAGCCGCCACAGCCCAUUGCGAAAAAUGGGAACGAGCUGACGCAGCUAGAGGAGAAAACACAGUCGCCACUGAAUGCGGUUGAAAACGAGGCUGCGCCUGUUCCGCCUGCCGAUCCAGGCGAGCCGCCAGCUCAGCCGCAACAGAUCGAGGAUGUGGCAAAAGAUCCAGUCGGCGAAAUCUUCGAUGCCGUACAGGUUCCUAAUGCCAAUGUGAAUGGCAAUGGCAACCGAAACGCUGCCAAUGUCGAAAUGAACAGCACCCAAGCCGAUGGCUAUAUCGUCACUGGCGAUGAGAAGGAGCUGGAGGAGCGGGUCCGCGCGCUCCUAAACUGCUACGACCACGAGUACGAACAGCAGACGCUGCAACGCGGCGACUUCUGGGUGCUGGAGAACUACGUUCAGGCCGAUCAUGGCAAGCUGAAGUGCCAUGAGACCAUCACAUAUACCACGCAUGCGGAUUAUACGUUUUUGGAUAAUCUGGUGCCGUUACUCGAACGGUGGAACGCACCUGUUAGCAUAGCAAUGCAUGCGCCCGGCACAGACUUCCAGCCCACAUUGGACGCCAUCAGAUAUCUGAGGGACUGCGUGGCUGGCAACAAUCUGGUGCGGGCCUUUGCCACCUUUCACGUCUAUUUCAGCACCAAGCACAUACCCAAGUCUAUACCGAAGGCGAAGGAUGCGCUCAAGACCGGCUAUAACUGCUCGCUGCCGGCGCCAUAUUUCAACGUCAGUUCGGGCCAUUUGUAUAAGGCCCAAAAGAAGCUGCUCUAUCCGGUGAAUGUCGGCCGGAAUAUAGCGCGAGAUGCGGCGCUUACGCACUUCAUACUCGCCUCUGACAUCGAGCUGUACCCCAAUCCGGGUCUGGUGAAGAAAUUUCUGGAAAUGAUUGCACGCAAUGAACUGUAUUUGCACCGUGCGGCCCCCAGAGUCUUCCCUCUCAGCAUUUUCGAGGUGGACGGCAACUCGCCGGUGCCACGCGACAAAACUGAGCUGCAGGAGUUCCUUCGCACCGGCAAGGCGAUACCCUUCCAUAAAAGAGUUUGCGCCAGCUGCCACGGCGUGCCCAAGUCCAAGGAAUGGAUGUCGGCCAACGAGACAGACGAACUGAGUGUCUUCCAUAUAGGGAAGCGCACCGGGUAUUAUGUGCACUGGGAGCCCAUCUAUAUUGGCACAAAUGCCGAUCCCCACUACGACGAGCGGUUGAGUUGGGAGGGCAAGAGCGAUAAGAUGACGCAGGGCUAUGCGCUGUGUGUGCUGGACUACGAGUUCCAUAUACUCGAUAAUGCCUUCCUCGUCCACAAGCCGGGCAUUAAGGUGCUGAAGAAGGAUAAUCGGCGGGCGAUGUUGGCGGGCAAAACGAAUCAGCUGAUACGAAAGAUCAUCUAUCCGGAAUUAAAGAUCAUGUAUGGCACGCGCAAGGGCUGUGCGGUAUAGUAACUAAUCCUGCAGCGGAGUUGAGAACAGACUAUGAGUGCGAAAAGACUACAACAAAAACAAAAACAAAUACAACAACAAAAACAAAAAGGAAAACCACAACAACAACAACAACAAGAAACUACACUACUACUAUUUGCAAUGCUGUAGAGAGGGUUACGAAGAUCCUAUAAAAUUGUUUGCCGCAUGAAUUGGCAUUGCAAAUGUCUUAAAUUUAGUCUAGACUUAGAACUGUUUAGGAAUCUUAGUUAGUUAGGUUUAGUAGAGUCAGCUUAUAAGUAUUAAUGGCUGAAAUGGCAGUUCAGGGCGGGUUUUCUAUUCCACACACUAGUAUGCAUAAGAAUUGAGCCUUAGGUUUUGAGUUCGCGUUUUAUAAAUAUUUAAUUGCAACUAAACGAGCACGGCUUAAGUACGUUAAACGUAGUUAGUUGUUGUUUCCGCAAACCCAACUCCACUCCACCUUCCUCCCCAUACCACUAGAUAGGAAACUUUUCGGAUCAGUUCCAUUUAGAGUUUUUUGCUUGUUUUACUCAUGAGAAGUCAAUUGAUUUAGCUUUAAGUUACCAAUUUAGCUUAAGUUCCCUUAGUUAGCCGAAUUCUGCUUAGGCAUAAAGUUCAUAGUGUUUUUUCAUAUCUCUGCAGUAUUUAUUGGAAAAUUUAUUUAUUUCGGUUGUGCAAUACUCACCACCCCUGAUUGCUUUGAAACAUUUCCGGCAGAUCAAAGAGCCAUCAAUGAAUUUUGUCUAGAAAGAGAAAGCGUAGCGUGAAUGUUUUCUGAAUAUUUGCUAGAAAAACAUCACAUUUAUAGAGAGAAAAUGAAAAUAGAAAUUGCAAACCAAUGUUAUGGUCAGACAGGCAAAUAAUUAGCUCAAAAAUAAUUCAUUGCAUUCACUGUUGAUUCAACAAAAAGCUUUAAAAAUAGUUUUCGAUUUUGCACUUUCAAAGUUUGACAAGUUUGUGCCAGUCAUAGAACUUGCUCAAAAAACAUUUUAAAGAACUUGAAAUUCCAUAUUGAUGGAUUGAAGCAAACAAUUUUUCAAAUUUGUUGCCUUUUUGAUAAACAAAUAAUUUAUACGAAAAUUAACCACCAAUUAUUAAAUGUUAAUCGUUUUUGUAAUUUGAAUUGUUUGAUAAGUUUGCUUUUAAUUGAUCAAAUAAUUUAAUUGCUUAAUAAAGUUUUUGUGUUAACUGAUUUCCAUAGAGUUAGGCCAAUAGUUCAUGUUUAAAUUAUUUGCCUCUCAGACAAACAAAUAAUUUUAUAUAUAAAUAAUACAAAAUUAAUAUUUCUGGAAUUCGACUUUUGAGUCCAAACCUUUUAUGAAUUCAUGUGCAAACUAUUUUCUUACUCUCUUAAAAAGCAAAAUUUGUCAAGCAACAAAUUUAAAAUUAAUUGAUUUAGGUAAUUAUGGAAAAAGUUAACUUACACAAUACUUUAGAAAAGUUUUUUUCAAGCUCACAUCUUUGAAAUUUAAAGGCAAUAUGUGCCGGGUUUGUGUGCAAACAGUUUGCCUAUCUGACCAUAGGGUUUUGAAAUAAACCAUAAUUGAACAUUUCAAAGCAUAACUCUAGCCCGUAACGCAUGCAAAUUUUAUAAGCAAACUGCAAGAUUUACUCAGUUUUACUGCAAAAAGGUAAAAUGAGAGAGAAAUCUUAAUUAUAUACAUAUAUAGAGAAAACAAGAAAAUAAGACGUUUCGAUGCGUAAAGCGUAAAUGCAAAACCGUGAUAUUUGUACUAGUAAAGGCGAAGAGGAGUUCAAGCAUUAAUUAUUAUUCUAAUUGUAAUAUCUAGAUGUAAAUGAAAACAAAAAGAAAUUGAUGAUGAUGAUAAAGAUGAAGAUGAUGAUUAAGAAGAUGAAACCAUAUGCAUUAAACUAGUUUUGUAUAUGUUUUUUAGUGUUGAACAUUUAAGUCAAACCUGUGCACAUAUAAAUGUUAAAAACAUAAACAAAUUACAAUUACACAAGCAUUAUUGAUGGUAGUUGCAAGCAAAGUGUAAUAUUAUGUGUAAGGCGGCCGGAAAAUAUAUUUCGUAGGCCCUAAAGAGACGACUAUGUUUUUAUUAGAGAAGCUACUACUGAUCCAGCAGUGCGCUUAAUUGAGAGAAAGACAUGCAAACAAGAAAGUAGGAAAAAACAAUUGCGAGAGAAACUAACUUUUUUCUGUCAAUUUGAAAAGAAAUCGUUUAAAAAUAUAUUUGAACAUGACUUGGGAACAACAAAAACAAAAAGAGAAACAUAUAGAACCACAAUUAUUGGUGUUUGUAUCUAUUACAUAGAUGUCUAUGCUAAAACGUAAGAAGCUACGGAUUGAAAGUUUGAAGAUUCGAAGAGCUGGAAGCUUCUGCGCUGACAAGCCUUUGCUAAACACUUUAUUUGUCUUUUAUGCGCUCAGCAUUUAAAUUUUCAAUUAGCAAGCAAAGCAACCAAACAAGAAAACUAAACAUUAAUAUUUAAAUCAAAAAAUAUCACUAAACUUAAAUUCAAUAAAACUGUUGCAGAUACGUAGCUAAAAAUAGGCUCCAGAAAUGUGUUUCCAUUGAGAGAGUAAAUUGAAAAUAUAUAAGAAAUCAUAAAUAUGAUAAAUUAUUAAAGUGCCUUAGACGAGAACAUUUUAUGAAUGAAACCCAAAAAAUGAAGUAUUUUUGUUUUAUAUACCAGCGGCAAAUACUAUUAUUGUGUUUCUUUACCUUUUAGUUAAUAUACUAAGUAUAUAUUAAAACACAGACCGGUGAGCAUUCAAUUUGUUGCGCAUUAUUUUUGUAUAUAUAUAGAAAAAGACAACAUUGUAUUUAGUAUAUGUGUACAUAUAUACAUAUAUAAAAGUUAAGAAGAAACAACAAACAUAUGCCUAUUCACGACUUUCUUAUGUGCGAGUAGUUUUGCAAGCGAAUGCAUUCGAUUAGCACUCGAUUACUGAAUGAGUCUUCUUCACUAGCUAACCUGCCAAUAUUAUGUUUAAUAAUUGAAACUAAUUUGUAUUAUUUAAUUGCCUUAAUAAUGUACGAUGUGCAUGCAUUAAUGUUUAGGCCAUAAACAGAACUAUUUAAGCGUAAAGCCAUAAGUUUCUGUUUGUUUUUAUUGAGCGCAGCAUUUUCAGUUUUCAUUUUUGUUCGUCUUACCAUUAUCUUGUCAGUUGGCAAUUGUAUCUGAUUUUUGUGAGACUUAGAAGGAAAUUGCUGAGCAUGUUCUAUGGACUAUUAGCUGAUAUAUAGUAUAUAUAUAAAGAGAAAAUGUAAAAAAUAAACAAAACACUGAAGUUUAAA